GCAGAUUUUGAGGAGUGAACGGGAGGUACCAGACUCGAUGAGUUUCCAGCGAAAUGUCGGAAAAGUCAGGCCAGAGUACAAAAGCAAAGGAUGGAAAAACAAAGUAUGCAACACUCAGUCUGUUUAAUACUUACAAGGGAAAGUCACUGGAAACUCAGAAAACCACAGUUGCCGCACGCCAUGGAUUGCAGAGUCUUGGAAAAGUUGCUAUUUCCAGGAGGAUGCCUCCCCCAGCUAAUCUGCCCAGCCUCAAAGCAGAGAACAAAGGCAACGACCCCAAUGUGAACAUUGUGCCUAAAGAUGGCACAGGAUGGGCUUCAAAACAAGAACAGCACGAAGAAGAGAAGCAGCCAGACGUGCCGCAGACACAGCCAAAACCUGCUGUUCCUGCUCCUCCAGAAGCAGCUCCUGUUGCCAAAUCCUGGGCCAACACCAAGCCAGGGGGACAAGACGGUCCACCUCUUCCAAUCAAUAGUUAUUUCCAGCAAGAAUUCCCCAGUCUGCCGGCAGCUGGGGAUCAGGAAAAGUCAGGCAAAGAUAAGGAUGCAGCUGAAGAUGGAUCAGGAGCCAACCUGCGACCACAGAAUCAGGAAGCUAAGGCUCUGGGACAAGAAGAUGGCAGCGCUACACCAGCAGAAAAUGAUGGCCAGAAGGCAGGAGACAAGAGGGAUGUGCGGUUGCCACAGGUCCCUCAGCCCAAGCUGAAUGGCCAGCAGCAGCCCCCCAUCUCAUCCCAGUACAGAGCAAUGAUGCCUCCUUAUAUGUUUAAUCAAUAUCCCAGAAUGGCGUAUCCUCCCUCCAUGCAAGGUCCAACUAGAUUUCCUAAUUCUGAGCCUAGCAGAGGCCCAAGGGGAAGAGGCCCACCCUCAUGGUGCUCAGAACCUAUUGAACGCCCAUCCAUUCUUAGUGCUAGUGAGCUCAAAGAGCUUGAUAAAUUUGAUAAUCUAGAUGCUGAGGCUGAUGAAGGCUGGGCAGGUGCUCAGAGCGAAGUGGAUUACACUGAGCAGUUGAAUUUCAGUGAUGAUGAUGAGCAAGGAAGCAGUCAGAAGGAGAAGGAAAGUGGUGAUGAACAAACACCGUCAAAAGAUUCCCAGAGUCCUGAUGGCCAGAAGGAGACAGAAGAACAGACAAAUGCCAAGUCUGCCACCCAGGUUUCCACAGCAGCAGCCAAAGGGCCUUACAGCAAAAGCUCUCAGCUUGAUCAGGAUCGAGGUCCACCACAGCCUUCUAUACAUGAAAGAGGUGGCCCUGCUCCUCCUCCAAAAUCUAUUCUACCACCGCAUCCUCCUCCCCCUGAUCGCCAGAUGGGCAGGCAGGGACCCUUUCCCCCUAAGCCGGUACCAGAUGAAGAUGAAAUCUGGAAGCAGAGGAGAAGGCAGCAGUCAGAGAUAUCUGCUGCGGUGGAGCGAGCCCGUAAGCGGCGAGAAGAGGAAGAGAGGAGAAUGGAAGAGCAGCGCAAAGCAGCCUGUGCUGAAAAGCUCAAACGGUUAAACGAGAAAUUCGGCUGCGUGACAAAACCCUCCCGGGAAGACCCUCUGAAAGAGAGAGAGAGGGAGAGGGAAAGAGAAAGGGAGAGGGAGCGGGAGAGGGAAAGGGAAAGGGAAAAGGAGAGAGAGCGGGAGAGAGAAAAAGAGAGGGAGAAGGAAAAGGAGAAAGAGAGGGAAAGGGAAAGGGAGAAGGAAAAGGAAAAAGAGGAAAGAGAAAAACUGGAGAAGGCAAAAGAACAAGAAGUGGAGAAAGAGAAAGAAAAAGAGGUGGAGAAGGAAGAGAAGGAGAAUGAGAAAGAGAAAGAAGAAGAGAAACCAGCACAUGAGGUUCCUGAGCCUGUAGAGCCUGUGGCAACACCUGUAGUAGAAAAACAAGAAAGUGAAACCAAGAAUAACAAGGAAGAAAAAGAAGAUCAAGCAGUUUUUACUCGACAAGACAGUGGUCGGAAUGAGAAAGAGGUUUCACAGGUGACUCAUGAGAAUGAGCCAGACUCAGGAUCUCAGCCUCGUCCUGCUGUUUCCUCAGGCUAUUCUAAGCAGUUCCAGAAGUCAUUACCACCAAGAUUUCAGAGGCAGCAGGAGCAAAUGAAACAGCAGCAGUGGCAGCAACAGCAGCAAGGUGUCCUUCCACAGUCUGCUCCCUCCCAGCCUUCCAGUGGCCCUGUCCCACCACCCCAGCACAGACCCCUUUACCAGCCCAUGCAGCCCCAUCCGCAGCAUUUGGCUUCCAUGGGCUUUGACCCCCGCUGGCUCAUGAUGCAAUCCUACAUGGACCCACGGAUGAUGUCAGGAAGACCUGCCAUGGAUAUGCCUCCUAUUCAUCCAGGAAUUAUGCCUCCCAAACCACUGAUGAGAAGAGAGCAGCUGGAAGGCUCAGCAGCUGGGUCCGAUUCGUUCGAGCACAUGGCUCGCUCUGCGAGGGAGCACAGCGUGCCCCUGUCAGAGCCACGCAUGAUGUGGGGCUCAGACCCCUACCCCCACGCAGAAUCUCAGCAGUCCACUUCUCCUCCCAAGGUCUUAGAAGAGCCUGAUGAUUUGAGGUCUGAGGCACACUUGGAGCAAGAGCGAGUUGCUGUCCCUGCCAGUGCUUAUCCUGUAGAACACAACCAGUUGGACUCUCAUCCAAAGACAGAAUUUUUCAGAGAAUCAGGAGAGGUAGAGGUACAGAAGUUUCCAAGCAGGCCUUUGGAAGAUGUACAACCUCUCCAAACUGACACACCUAAUACAGCAGUUAAUUUUGAAGGAGUGAGUGAGAAGGUCACACGUAGUUCUCCAGAAGAAUUGGUACCUGUGGGGGAAAGUCACUCUUCAUUAAAAAGAAGCAUUUCCCAUGGUUCAAGUCACUCUCUAAAAUCAGAAGAGCAGAGGAGUGAAACAGCAGCAAAUAUCCCUAAGUUAAGUAACAGAGAGACAAAGGAGACAAUUGAGAGACUUGAGAUUAAACCGAAAAAAGAAAUUUUGAUCACCAAUAGAACAUCAGAAGGACCAAAACCUGAGAAAACUUUCAAACCUAAGUCUGAAACAAGAUGGGGUCCUAGGCCAGGUUACAGCAGGCGAGACGAAGGUGGCGACAGACCAGUGAGGAGAUCGGGUCCUAUUAAGAAACCUGUGCUGAGGGAUAUGAAGGAAGAGCGUGAACAGAGAGAAGAGCGUGAGCAGAGAAAGGAGAAGGAAGGAGAAAAGACAGCUAGUGAAAAACCAGGCAAGCCUGAAAAAAGUGACAAAAAGGACCCCCCCCCCCCCCCCCCCCCCCCCCCCCCCCCCCCCCCCCCCCCCCCCCCCCCCCCCCCCCCCCCCCCCCCCCCCCCCCCCCCCCCCCCCCCCCCCCCCCCCCCCCCCCCCCCCCCCCCCCCCCCCCCCCCCCCCCCCCCCCCCCCCCCCCCCCCCCCCCCCCCCCCCCCCCCCCCCCCCCCCCCCCCCCCCCCCCCCCACGCGCAGCCCCCCGCUCCCCCCAGCAAGGAGGACAAGCAGGCUGAGAAGGUGCUGAGCAAGGAGGUGGUGGAGAAACCACGCCUAGAAACCAGGCCAGUGAAAAGAGAGCCUGGCUUACCACCUAGGACAUACUGGAAAGAGGCCAGGGAUAGGGACUGGUUCCCAGAUCAGGGCUACAGAGGCAGAGGUCGUGGCGAGUAUUAUUCUAGGGGCCGUAGCUACAGGGGUUCUUACGGGGGACGUGGUCGGGGCAGUAGAGGCCAUAACAGAGAGUACCCACACUACAGAGAUCCUAAGCCUAGAUCAGAGCAUGUGCCUUCAGGGCCUGUUAGGCAGAGAGAAGAGAGUGAAACUCGUAGUGAGAGUUCUGACUUUGAAGUGAUCCCGAAACGGCGGCGCCAGCACGGCUCGGAGACAGAUUCUGACAGCGAAGUGCACGAGAGCGCGAGUGACACCCUGCUCUCAGACAAAGACAGCAUCAUCAAGGGCAAGCACCCGAAAAGAGAAGAAAGAGCUGAUGGCAAGAAGCCUCCAAAGCCUCUGUCCUUCAAACCCGAGAACAAUAUUAGAGUAGACAACAGAUCCCUGGAAAAAACAUACAUCAGAGAUUAUGAGAACAAGCCCAAACCAGGAUUUCUUCCGAAAGGAGAGCCUUCUAGGCGAGGCCGAGGGGGAAUGUACCGACGUGGCGGCAGGGAUCCCGGGGCACGUCCCCCACGUCCCUCCACAAUAAGGAGACCGGCCUACAGGGACAACCAGUGGAACCCCAGGCAAACAGAGAUCAUUAAACCAGAAGAUGGGGAGCCUCCAAGAAGAAAUGAGCAUUACGGUCCUAUACCAAUUGAUAAAAGACCUCCAAAAUUUGAGAGAAAGUUUGAUCCAAACAGAGAGAGGCCACGAAGACAGAGGCCUGCCCGGCCUCCAAGGCAGGAUAAGCCACCACGCUUCAGGCGCCUAAAAGAGAGAGAGGCAGCAUCCAAGAUCAGUGAGGUGGUGGCCAGCUCCACGACCAGUGCCACAGUCAAUAAUGCAGUCAGUGAGCCCUCCAACCCUGCUCUGGACGUGUCAGGAAGUAAGACACCAGACUUGUCCAACCAGAAUUCUUCAGACCAGGCAAAUGAAGAGUGGGAAACAGCCUCGGAAAGCAGCGACUUCAAUGAGAGGCGGGAAAGGGAUGAGAAGAAAACAGCAGAUGCAGCAGCUCAGGUUGCUGCAAAGGCAGGAGAAAACGCUGGAGCUCCAAAAAGGGAAAUAGCCAAGAGAAGCUUCUCUAGUCAGCGGCCUGGAAUAGACCGUCAGAACCGACGUGGCAACAACGGGCCAGCCAAGCCAGGGAGGAAUUUCUCAGGGCCCCGGAGUGAAAGGCGGAGUGGUCCUCCUCCCAGAAGUGGAAAAAGAGGGCCAUUUGAGGAGCAGGCAGCACCUGUGCCUGGUGUUGAUCCCACCAAUGGCAGUGCUUUACAUCAGGAGGAUGGAGGUGUCACUGCUGCAGGGCAGAAGACCACCAAGGAUGCAAGUGGCAAAAAGAGAGAAGAGCCAAAAGCUGGUCCAAAGAAGCCUAAGGAAAAAGUGGAUGCCUUGUCUCAAUUUGAUCUUAAUAAUUAUGCAAGUGUUGUGAUCAUUGAUGAUCACCCUGAAGUGACAGUAGUUGAAGACUCCCAAUCUAACUUGAAUGAUGAUGGUUUCACAGAAGUGGUGUCUAAGAAGCAGCAAAAACGCUUGCAAGAUGAAGAGCGCAGAAAGAAGGAAGAACAAACAGUGCAGGUUUGGACCAAAAAAGGAUCGAGCGAAAAAGGCCGAGGUCAGAAUUCCAAGCUGCCCCCCAGAUUUGCCAAAAAGCAGCAGCAGGCUGCAGCUGCAGCUGCACAGCAGGCACAGGCUCAGGCACAAGCUCAGGCUCAGCCUCCCUGCCCAGCCCAGUCUCCAGCCCAGCCACAGGCUCCUGUUGCAGCACAAAGCCAGGCUGCAGGAGGGACAGCCAGCACAGACUACACCGUGCCAGGCAAAGUCCUGCAGAACACCCAGCCUCACAACGGCCUGGGAGCUGAAUUAUGGGACAACAAAGUGCCUCCUACAGCAGUUCUGAAUGACAUCUCCAAAAAAUUGGGACCCAUUAGCCCACCUCAGCCACCUUCAGUCAGUGCCUGGAACAAGCCUCUGACAUCUUUUGGUUCAGCUCCAUCUCCAGAGGGGACAAAGCCUGGACAAGAAGGUGGAGUUGAUCUUGGUAUAGAAACCAUUCAGUUUGGAGCCCCAGCUUCCAGUGGCAGUGACAAUGAAGUUGGUCCUGUGCUUUCUGAGAAGUCCACUGACAAAUUACCAGAACCCAAAGAGCAGAGACAGAAACAGCCUCGGGCUGGACCCAUCAAAGCACAAAAGCUUCCAGACUUGAGCCCGGUAGAAAACAAAGAGUAUAAGCCCGGUCCUAUUGGCAAAGAGCGUUCUUUAAAGAACAGGAAGGUGAAGGAUGCCCAGCAGGGAGAGCCUGAGGGACAGGAGAAGCCAUCCCCCACCUCUGUCAGGAGCCCAGAGCCUGUCACUGCAAAGGAGACCAAAGCAGCGAGCGAACUGAGCACGGAGAUAGGAACCAUGAUAUCUGUGUCUGCUCCAGAGUUUGGGACAAACACCAAGGAGUCUGUAACAGACUACACUACACCUUCUUCUCAUCCUAACACAGUGGCUACUAGCAGUACAAAAAUGGAGGAGACUUUGGUGACGAACGUGCCCCUGCCCCACACCCUUCCCCUCCCUAGGAGGGAGACUUUACAACAGAGCUCCAGCCUAACUCCAGUUUCUCCCGCUACCGUCGACCUCACCCUCAAGAUGGAGUCUGCACGCAAAGCAUGGGAGAAUUCCCCAAACAUGGGGGAGAAGAGUUCACCAGUGACCUCAGCAGCAUCUCCCAUUGCUGGUGGCAGCAGCAGCAGCAGCAGCAACACUGGGCCAAGCAGUGGCACUUACAGCUCUUUCUCAAGUGCAUCAAUGCCUCCUAUUCCUGUGGCCUCAGUUACCCCCACAACAUCCCUCUCAGGAGCUGGAACAUACACAACCUCUUCACUGAGUACAAAGACUGCAAGCACCUCAGACCCUCCUAAUAUCUGCAAAGUGAAACCCCAGCAGCUGCAGACAAGCAGCCUGGCUUCUGCCAGCCACUUCUCCCAGCUGAGCUGCAUGCCAUCCCUCAUUGCCCAGCAGCAGCAAAGUCCCCAGGUCUACGUGUCUCAGUCUGCAGCAGCUCAAAUCCCAACGUUUUAUAUGGAUACAAGUCAUCUGUUCAAUACCCAGCACGCCCGUUUGGCACCUCCUUCUCUGGCCCAGCAGCAAGGCUUUCAGCCAGGCCUUUCUCAGCCUGCUUCAGUUCAGCAGAUCCCCAUCCCCAUCUAUGCACCUCUGCAAGGACAGCAUCAAGCUCAGCUGAGUUUAGGAGCAGCACCAGCUGUUUCACAAGCCCAGGAGUUGUUCAAUUCCUCCUUACAACCUUACAGAUCCCAGCAAGCUUUUAUGCAGAGUGGUUUGUCUCAGCCUUCACCAGUGGUCCUGUCUGGCACAGCCUUACACAACUUCCCAGCAGUGCAGCACCAGGAGCUGGCUAAGGCACAGUCCAGCCUGGCAUUCCAGCAGACUUCCAAUACUCAGCCUAUUCCUAUCCUGUAUGAGCAUCAGCUUGGGCAGGCUUCAGGACUAGGAGGCUCUCAGCUGAUUGAUACACACCUCCUGCAGGCCAGAGCUACUCUCACUCAGGCUUCCAAUCUCUACUCUGGGCAAGUUCAGCAGCCUGGCCAGAGCAAUUUCUACAACACUGCACAGUCUCCCAGUGCUCUCCAGCAGGUGACAGUACCUUUGCCAGGAUCACAGAUUUCUCUGCCCAACUUUGGAUCCACAGCACAGCCACUGAUUGCCCUGCCCCAGUCCUUACAGCCACCACUACAGCACACCCCACCACAAGCUCAGGCUCAAAACCUGAGCAGACCUGCCCAAGUGACCCAGCCUUUCAGAGGAUUGAUCCCAGCAGGAACUCAGCACAGCAUGAUUGCUGCAACUGGAAAGAUAUCAGAAAUGGACCUGAAGGCCUUUGGAGGUGGCAUUGAUGUUAAACCUGGAACACCACCAGUUUCUGGCAGGAGUACUACCCCAACCUCCAGUCCCUUCCGGGCCAGUUCUACAAGUCCUAACAAUCAGUCCAAUAAAAUGAACAGCAUUGUCUACCAGAAGCAGUUCCAGUCAGCAGCUGCAGCUGUGAGAAUGACACAGCCCUUUCCUGCACAAUUUGCACCACAGGCAAAGCAAAGAGCAGAGGUCCUUCAGUCCACUCAGAGAUUCUUUUCUGAGCAGCAGCAGCAGCCGCAGAACAAACCCAUAGGGGGCAAAGCCCCGAAAGUGGAGGAGAACGGGAGCAAAGCCAGCGAGGCCAUUGCCGACUCUGCAGGAGUCUGCCAGGACAAAGCCGAGGAGAAGCCCAGCCCUGCUCCUGCUGCCACACCGAAACCUGUUCGAACUGGACCAAUCAAACCUCAGGCAAUCAAAACCGAGGAAACAAAAUCUUAGAGGCUGUGUUCCCGUGGAGGGGGGAGAGGGGAGGGUGGCGAGGUGUCAGCAAUUGGUGGCCCGAAGGAUGAAGAGCAGCCUGUUCUCCCUGCCGGGCUCUGAGCAGCCCCUCGGGGCAUGGAGGCCAGCAGCAGCUGUGCUGGCAGCUGCCGUGUGUCCAGCUGAGCCCCCAGGCUGUAACAGCAUGAAGGCUGCUUUGGGGUGUGCACGUCCCACACGUGUGUGCCCCUUUGGCUCACGCCCGCCUGCUUCCCUAAGCCACAGCUCGGAGAAGUAGCACCGGUGGGGAGGCAUUUCCUAGCUGACACAAUGACUUCUCUUAUUUUCUUCAGGCUCUGAUCUUCAGCUGCUAUUUAUCUUUUUAUAAACCCAUGAGUAUGAGAACAUGCAGAUCUGAAGAUGGUGCUGGGCCAAGUAAUGUGUGUUAAGUUCUUAGUGACUUAAAAAGCUUCUAUCUUGUAUAAACAGAGGGAUCCACGUAUUUGCCACGCGAGGUUUAACCUAGCACAGAGUAACACUGGCAGUGUUGGAUUUCCCUCUAAAAGCAGUGCUUUGCUGGCUGCUGCUGCUUGGAUGACAAUUUACUGCAUUUACUUCACCAUAUGAAAAAGCUACUUGGCCACCUGUGUCCUCUCCACCCGCUGCCCCCUCAGUGGCUCUCACCCCUGGAGUUGAAGGUUCGUUGCAUCAAUAGUCAGAUUUGUUCCGUUCACCCCUGUCCAGCUGUCUUUAUAUGAUGCGAGUGGUCCCUAAACGGUUUCCAGUUUCUGUCUGUAACACAGCAACGAGCACUUAAACUGUGCCACAAGAAUAAAAGAAACCUUAUCAGAUUAACGAGAGUUUUAUCUCAAAGGUGCAUUCUUUAUAUCAGAGCUGCGUCGCACCACCUCCUUGCCCACAGUGUGCUGGAAAGUAGAAUCAAGUCAAAUAAAUGCCUUUUUAAUUGUAUCCUCUAGUAUUCUAGCUGUAGGACAGUACUGUAUGAUACUUCUGUGAAUGUAAGAUAUCCUGUACCUGCUUAUGAUAUGUAGUAGUGACUGUGCUAUACUGGAGCUGUUUUUAAUAAUGUUAUUCUAGAGGUUUUUUUCCAGACAAUGAUUGAAAAAGCUAAUAAAAAGCACCAGGUACCACAUCAGUAGCAGAAUUUGCUGGUUUUUUCUGGGAUUUUUUUCUUUUUUUUACGUUUUUUUGGAAGGAAGAGUUGAAAGUCUAAUGUGUAUAAUUUUGUUCAAAUGACUGCAGAAGCUGGAAAGGCUGUUGCUGCUAUUGAUGCCUAGUGAAUUGCUAUUGGUUAUCUUUUUAUAUAAAUAUAUAUAUAAUUUGAAUUUUUGGAAACUAGCUGUGAUGUCAACUUUGGAAAAAAGUAUCCCACUUGUAGUGUGAGUUGGCAUUGUACAGAAAUUAACAGCCAUAUUGGUCUAGAAAUGUUAAACUUAAUUUUUUUUCCAUUUGUACAGGGGUAACGCACUGUAUGAAAUAUGUACGGUCUUAUUUACAUGGGUUUGAUUACAGA